UUUUUAAAGAAGUCUGGACUCUUGGGUCCGUUGUACUUGGAUCGCCUCCUGCGACUGCACCGUGCUCUUCUUUGGAAAAGAUGUACGAAAGCCCCGUUGCAUGGUAGCUCGCCCCGCAGAGCCGGGCGUGCGCGCGCGGGAUCGCAGGCGCUCCGGGCCGGGGGGCUCCCCGGCCGCUCGGGGGCGGGGCGGGGGGGGGUUGUCGGGCGUCCGCGGCCCGGCCUGACAGCUGCGUGAGGGGACCGGACCCACCGCUUCCAGAACUCCGGCUCGGGGCCGCCGCGUGCCCCGCGCGCCAGUGACCGAGGGGAGGCGCGGCGGACGUGGGCGCAAACAUGUCCGGAGAGGUGCGCCUGCGGCAGCUGGAGCAGUUCAUCCUGGACGGGCCCGCUCAGACCAACGGGCAGUGCUUCAGCGUCGAGACGCUGCUGGACAUCCUCAUCUGCCUGUACGAUGAGUGCAACAACUCUCCGCUCCGAAGGGAGAAGAACAUUCUCGAAUACCUGGAGUGGGCCAAACCAUUUACUUCUAAAGUGAAACAGAUGCGUCUACAUAGAGAAGACUUUGAGAUAUUGAAGGUGAUUGGUCGAGGAGCUUUUGGAGAGGUUGCUGUAGUGAAACUAAAAAAUGCAGAUAAGGUAUUUGCCAUGAAAAUAUUGAAUAAAUGGGAAAUGCUGAAAAGAGCUGAGACAGCGUGUUUUCGUGAAGAAAGGGACGUGUUAGUGAAUGGAGAUAAUAAAUGGAUUACAACCCUGCAUUAUGCUUUCCAGGAUGACAAUAACUUAUACCUGGUGAUGGAUUAUUAUGUUGGUGGGGAUUUGCUGACUCUGCUCAGCAAAUUUGAAGAUAGACUGCCUGAAGAUAUGGCUCGGUUUUACCUGGCUGAGAUGGUGAUAGCAAUCGACUCCGUUCAUCAGCUGCACUACGUACACAGGGACAUCAAACCUGACAACAUACUGAUGGACAUGAAUGGACAUAUUCGGUUAGCAGAUUUUGGUUCUUGUCUGAAGCUGAUGGAAGAUGGAACGGUCCAGUCUUCAGUGGCUGUUGGAACUCCAGAUUAUAUCUCUCCUGAAAUCCUUCAAGCCAUGGAAGACGGGAAAGGCAGAUAUGGACCUGAGUGUGACUGGUGGUCUUUGGGCGUCUGUAUGUACGAAAUGCUUUAUGGAGAAACACCAUUUUAUGCAGAAUCUCUGGUGGAGACAUAUGGAAAAAUUAUGAAUCAUAAAGAGAGGUUUCAGUUUCCAGCUCAAGUGACCGACGUGUCUGAAAAUGCUAAGGAUCUUAUUCGAAGGCUCAUUUGCAGCAGAGAACACCGACUGGGUCAGAACGGCAUAGAAGACUUUAAGAAACACCCCUUUUUCAAUGGAAUCGAUUGGGAUAAUAUUCGAAACUGUGAAGCACCUUAUAUUCCAGAAGUUAGUAGCCCCACAGAUACAUCCAAUUUUGAUGUGGAUGAUGAUUGUUUAAAGAACUCUGAAACGAUGCCCCCCCCCACACAUACCGCCUUUUCUGGCCACCACCUGCCGUUUGUUGGUUUCACAUACACUAGUAGCUGUGUUCUUUCUGAUCGGAGCUGUUUACGAGUGACAGCCGGGCCCGCUUCCCUCGACCUGGAUGUCAACGUUCAGAGGACUCUGGACAACAACUUGGCCACGGAAGCUUAUGAGAGAAGAAUUAAGCGCCUUGAGCAGGAAAAACUUGAACUUAGCAGAAAGCUUCAAGAGUCAACACAGACUGUUCAAGCGCUGCAGUAUUCAACUGCUGACGGUCCACUCACGGCAAGCAAAGAUUUAGAGAUCAAAACCUUAAAAGAAGAAAUUGAAAAACUAAGGAAACAAGUAAGAGAAUCAAGUCACUUGGAACAGCAACUUGAGGAAGCCAACGCUGUGAGGAGAGAGCUAGAUGAUGCUUUUAGGCAAAUCAAGGCUUAUGAAAAACAAAUCAAAACACUACAACAAGAAAGGGAAGAAUUAAACAAGGAACUAGUCCAGGCUAGUGAGCGAUUAAAAAACCAGUCCAAAGAGCUGAAAGACGCACACUGUCAGAGGAAACUGGCCAUGCAGGAAUUCAUGGAGAUCAAUGAGCGGCUAACAGAGUUGCACACCCAAAAACAGAAACUUGCUCGCCAUGUCCGAGAUAAGGAAGAAGAGGUGGACCUAGUGAUGCAAAAAGUUGAAAGCUUAAGGCAAGAACUGCGCAGGACAGAGAGAGCCAAGAAAGAGCUGGAAGUUCAUUCAGAAGCUGUGGCUGCUGAAGCAUCUAAAGACAGGAAAUUGCGUGAACAGAGCGAGCACUAUUCUAAGCAACUGGAAAAUGAAUUGGAGGGACUAAAGCAAAAACAAAUUAGUUACUCACCAGGACUGUGCAGCAUAGAACAUCAGCAAGAGAUCACCAAACUAAAGACUGAUUUAGAAAAGAAAAGUAUCUUUUAUGAAGAAGAAUUGUCUAAAAGAGAAGGAAUACACGCCAACGAAAUUAAAAACCUGAAGAAAGAACUUCAUGAUUCAGAAGGCCAGCAACUUGCUCUCAACAAGGAAAUUUUGAUUUUGAAAGACAAAUUGGAAAAAAACAGGAGAGAGAGUCAAAGUGAAAGGGAAGAAUUUGAAAACGAGUUCAAACAACAGUACGAAAGAGAAAAAGUGUUGUUAACUGAAGAAAAUAAGAAACUGACAAGUGAACUUGAUAAGCUCACCACCUUGUAUGAGAACUUAAGUAUACGCAACCAGCAGUUAGAAGAGGAGGUGAAAGACCUGGCAGACAAGAAAGAAUCGGUUGCGCAUUGGGAAGCUCAAAUCACGGAAAUCAUUCAGUGGGUCAGUGAUGAAAAGGACGCACGAGGGUAUCUGCAGGCCUUAGCUUCUAAAAUGACUGAAGAGUUGGAAGCUUUAAGAAAUUCCAGCCUGGGUGCACGAGCAACAGAUAUGCCCUGGAAAAUGCGUCGUUUUGCAAAACUGGACAUGUCAGCUAGACUGGAGUUGCAGUCGGCCCUCGAUGCAGAAAUAAGAGCUAAACAGGCCAUCCAAGAAGAGUUGAAUAAAGUUAAAGCAUCUAACAUCAUCACAGAAUGUAAACUGAAAGACUCCGAGAAGAAGAACUUGGAGCUACUAUCAGAAAUCGAGCAGCUAAUAAAGGACACUGAAGAGCUUAGAUCUGAAAAGGGUAUAGAGCACCGAGACUCACAGCAUUCUUUCUUGGCAUUUUUGAAUACGCCUACCGAUGGUCUGGAUCAACUUGAAGAUUCCUUUUCUUCUUCCUCAUCUUCACUGAUUGAUUUUUUGGAUGACCGCUCUCCGUCCUGCACUCCAGCUAGCAAAGGCAGACGUACUGAUCCCGUUGAGAACACGUGUGUGCGGAAUCCGAGCGUCCGGGUUUGCAUCCAGUCAAGGUCCACGUGUCCUCCCACUUCUUGCGAAGCUGAGCCAGCUAAGACUGUAGACAGUACUCCUCUUCCUGUUCACACACCGACCUUAAGGAAAAAGGGAUGUCCUGCUUCAACUGGCUUUCCAGCUAAGCGCAAGACUCAUCAGUUUUUUGUCAAAUCUUUUACGACGCCUACCAGAUGUCACCAGUGCACCUCUCUGAUGGUGGGUCUGAUAAGACAGGGCUGUUCCUGUGAAGUGUGUGGAUUCUCGUGUCAUAUAACUUGUGUAAACAAAGCUCCAACUGUGUGUCCGGUCCCUCCUGAGCAGACAAAAGGUCCUCUGGGGAUAGAUCCACAGAAGGGAAUAGGAACAGCAUAUGAAGGUCAUGUCAGGAUCCCUAAGCCAGCAGGAGUGAAGAAAGGAUGGCAAAGAGCAUUGGCUGUGGUUUGUGACUUUAAGCUCUUCCUGUACGAUGUUGCUGAAGGAAAAGCGUCCCAGCCCAGUGUUGUGGUCAGUCAGGUGAUUGACAUGAGGGAUGAGGAAUUUUCUGUGAGUUCAGUCUUGGCCUCUGAUGUAAUUCAUGCAAGUCGGAAAGAUAUACCCUGUAUAUUUAGAGUCACAGCCUCCCAGCUCUCGGCGUCAGACAGCAGGUGUUCGGUCCUGAUGCUCGCGGAGAGCGAGAGCGAGAGGAACAGGUGGGUGGGCGUGCUCAGCGAGCUGCACAAGAUUUUGAAGAAAAACAAGUUCCGAGACCGCUCAGUCUACGUCCCCAAGGAGGCUUAUGACAGCACUCUGCCGCUCAUUAAAACCACCCAGGCGGCUGCGAUCAUAGACCACGAAAGGAUCGCGUUGGGAAAUGAAGAAGGGUUAUUUGUCGUGCACGUCACGAAAGAUGAAAUUAUCAGAGUCGGUGACAAUAAGAAGAUCCAUCAGAUUGAACUCAUUCCAAAUGAUCAGCUUGUUGCUGUGAUCUCAGGACGAAAUCGUCACGUGCGCCUUUUUCCCAUGUCAGCUUUGGACGGACGAGAGACCGAUUUUUACAAGCUGGCAGAGACGAAAGGGUGUCAGACCAUAACUUCUGGCAAGGUGUGCCACGGAGCUCUCACGUGCCUGUGCGUGGCUAUGAAAAGGCAGGUCCUCUGUUACGAACUAUUUCAGAGCAAGACCCGUCACCGAAAAUUUAAGGAAAUCCAAGUCCCGUGUAACGUGCAGUGGAUGGCGGUCUUCAGCGAACAGCUGUGCGUGGGAUUCCAGUCGGGAUUCCUGAGAUACCCCUUGAAUGGAGAAGGGGGUCCGUACAGCAUGCUCCACUCAAAUGACCACACGCUGUCCUUUAUCACACAUCAGCCGAUGGACGCCAUCUGUGCAGUUGAGAUCUCCAGCAAGGAGUACCUGCUGUGUUUUAACAGCAUCGGGAUAUACACGGACUGCCAGGGCCGGAGAUCCAGACAGCAGGAGCUCAUGUGGCCAGCAAAUCCCUCCUCUUGCUGCUACAAUGCACCGUAUCUCUCCGUGUACAGUGAAAACGCAGUUGACAUCUUCGAUGUGAACUCCAUGGAAUGGAUUCAGACUCUCCCACUCAAAAAGGUUCGACCCUUAAACAGUGAAGGAUCAUUAAACCUUUUAGGGUUGGAGACAAUUAGAUUAAUAUAUUUCAAAAAUAAGAUGGCAGAAGGGGAUGAGCUGGUGGUUCCCGAAACAUCAGAUAACAGUCGGAAGCAGAUGGUUAGAAAUAUUAACAAUAAGCGACGCUACUCCUUCCGGGUCCCAGAGGACGAGAGGUUGCAGCAGAGGAGAGAGAUGCUGCGAGAUCCAGAAAUGAGAAAUAAAUUAAUUUCUAACCCAACUAAUUUUAACCACAUAGCACACAUGGGCCCAGGAGAUGGGAUACAGAUCCUAAAAGACCUGCCCAUGCCAGGCCUCCCUUAUCCGCCCUCGCUUCACUCCGGCCUCAUCUCCUCUCCGAUCAACUUUGAGCACAUCUAUCACAUGACUGUUAAUUCCGCUGAAAAAUUUCUCUCUCCUGAUUCCAUAAACCCUGAGUAUUCCCCGUCUCUACGCUCUGCCCCCGGUACACCCAGCUUUAUGACUCUGAGGAACCCUCGGCCUCAGGAGAGUCGGACCGUGUUCAGUGGCUCGGUCAGUAUUCCGUCUAUCACCAAAUCCCGCCCUGAACCCGGUCGCUCCAUGAGCGCCAGCAGCGGCCUGUCAGCAAGGUCAUCCGCACAGAACGGCAGUGCGCUAAAGAGAGAAUUCUCUGGAGGGAGCUACAAUGCCAAGUGGCCGCCCAUGCCCUCCCCGUCGGAGGGCUCCCUGUCUUCCGGAGGCAUGGACCAGGGAAGCGACGCCCCGGUCAGGGACUUUGACGGAGAGGACUCGGAUUCUCCGAGGCAUUCCACGGCCUCCAACAGCUCCAACCUGAGCAGCCCGCCCAGCCCCGCGUCGCCCCGCAAGACCAAGAGCCUCUCCCUGGAGAGCACGGACCGCGGGAGCUGGGACCCGUGAGUGGCCUCGGCGCUCAGAGUGGACGCCGGAGCGGCCUCUCCCCUCACAGCCCCUCCGCGGCCCGAUCUCCGCUUCCCCGCCCCCGCUCCCCAGCCCCUGCCCGGGAGGCCCGGGCCGGGCAGCAGGAGCAGGGUGGGGGUUCUGGAACGCGGACGAUGCACCUGCAGCCCCCCUCGCCCCCCUCGCCCCCACUCAGCCCACACCUCCACGCCCCCUCGCCCCGACAGCAACAACCAUAAAGGCAGACUUCCACCGAGCAGCUUCGAUGAAUAUCGAUUCCAUUUCGUACACUUAGAGUUGCUUUCCAUAAUAGUUGCCCCCCCCCCAAAGGUAGCUUGAGUAGACGGAUCCCACGGACGGCACGGUGAGAACUUCAGGCGGACUGGUGUCCUCGGGGAGUCGCACCCUCCCGAGCGGCCGCCCGGCGCCCACAGCGGAUGUCGACCCGAUCGCCGCCAGUAAAUCCGUACUCACUAAAGCAGUGCAUAUUUUACUACAUUACAGAGUUUAAAUACGUACACAAAUGUAGAGGUUAAAUACUGAAUGUACAUAGUAAAAAGAAGCAUCUUGUAUUCAACAAAAGAUGGAUACGUAUAUAAGAGAGAGAUCAUUUAAUUUAAAGAAAUGUGUUGUUUCUUGUCUGUUUUCCAGCUCAGUACUUUAGAGGGUAGGAAGGCCUUGAGUGUAGACGCUCACAGGCUUGAGGAGUCAGAGCACCCCCCUCCCAACCCCGGCCGGCUCUCACACCGGCCGGGGCCGCAGUCCCACGGGGGCUUCAGGAAAACCUUCCGGAACUUGGUCUCCCCGCUCUGGGCUGCGGCCCGGGCACAGACCUAACCCCGGAAGGUUCUUCAGCAGCAGCGUCGAAAGGCUAAUCUCCUUCCAAGACCUGUCCUUUUCCGGCAGCAGGAUUCCAGCCACGCUUGUCCUUUUUUACUGUGUUUGGUAUCUUCUGCAGAUGAGUGUAGAAAUGCCGUCUUGUCACGUCCUGAGCCCUUCCGUUGAGAGCACGCGAGGAAUGUCACGGCUUCUGAGGGUCCCUGACAAGGUUCAGGGAAGUGCUUUUCUCCUGGGCUACCCCAGUUCCCGCGCCACCCCCUGGGCGGAGGGGGGCUCGCGCUCCGCAGAGAAGCCCCAGGAAGGGUGUCGUUACCAAAUAAAAAACCUCAGAUGCAAGGACUUGAACAGCCUUAACCAAAUAUUCUUCCCCACACCGGGCGGGAGACGGAAACGCGCGGCCCGGGCGCGGGCGGGACGCCGGGGAGCCGCCACCUGGCCCGGCCCGCGUCCCUCCCUGCGCGGCUCAGGCUCCGGUUCCGCCCAGGUGAGCACCUGCCGUUCCGGCCACCGCGAGCCAGUGAAACGCACACCCAGCACAGCCCUGCUUCUUGAGACGUGGUUCGCCAGUUAAGCACAUGUGAGCGGAGGGAGAGAGAAAUAAAAAUAUCUCCUGGAAGUAAAGAGA